CUUAUACCCAGUCAAUUCAUCCGUCGCAUUUUCGUCUCUUCAGAGGCAGUAUCGUCGUCAAUGAGCCGGAUCCUCUCUGCAGACUCCCUCGUCGAGGACUUCAUCUCUCCCGGCCAAGCCUGUAUCAAACCUGUCGAAAUAUCCAAAUCCUCCAAUGCACCCUCCGAAAUCAAAGUUGAUGGCGCAGAGUACUACGAAGUCGGCAAAGACGGUUCCCAAAAAAAACUCGAAACGGCGUCCAUCUCGUUGAAUGACUGUCUCGCUUGUUCUGGGUGCAUUACGAGUGCGGAGUCGGUGUUGAUUACGAUGCAGAGUCAUAAUGAGGUUUUGAGCGUUAUUAAUGCCGAGAAGGAUAAGGCUGACCCCACCGCCGACUCCAACUCCACCCUCCCUCUCAUUGCAUCCGCCUGUCCCGGCUGGAUUUGCUACGCCGAAAAAACCCACGGCGAAAUCCUCCCCCACAUCUCCCUCGUCCGCUCCCCCCAACAAAUCAUGGGCGCAUACCUCAAAGACACCCUAACCCGCGCCCUCUCCAUUUCGCGAGACAGAGUAUACCACGUUAGCGUCAUGCCAUGCUUCGACAAGAAACUCGAGGCGUCGAGGGGGGAUUUCGAGGUUGAGGGGGUGAGGGAUGUGGAUUGUGUUAUUACUACGAUGGAGGUUGUGGAGAUGCUCAAAGAGCAUGAGGUCGAUUUGCGUACGUGUCAUGAAGCUCAUUUGUCGGAUGAGGAGUAUUACCCGUCCCACCCCGGGUCAUCCGCGGGUGGGUAUUUGACACACAUCCUCACCUCCGCCGCAAAGAACCUCCUCGACCUGCCCACCGUCGACGCCGCGACCGAACAAGGCGUGGUUGUCAAGACUAUCCGUUCCUCCGACAUGAAAGAAUACAUCCUGGAAAAAGACGGCGAGGUACUCUUGAAGAUGGCGACCUGCUACGGCUUUCGCAACAUCCAAAACAUCGUCCGAAAACUCAAACCCACGAAAUCAAAAGUCAAACGCGUCGUACGCCGCAAAGGCCUAGAACCAAAAAUCGGCGAAGACAAAGAGUACGAUUACGUCGAAGUCAUGGCGUGUCCCUCGGGUUGUAUCAACGGUGGGGGCCAACUGAAACCGCUCAUUCCGUCUGAGAACGAGGAGGUGCAGUACACACCGAAAGAGUGGAUUGAUGCUGUGGAGAGUACAUAUAGGAGUGUCGAGGCACGGGAAGCGAGUGAGGAGAGGGCGGGGGAGGUGUUGAGGAGGUGGUGUGGAGGGGAGGUUGUGGAGGAGGGGUGGAGAAGGCGGGCGUUGUAUACGGAGUAUAGGGCUGUGGAGCAGAAUUUGAGUAAUCCGGCUUUUGCCACUUGGUGAGGAAGGAUUUGGCAUAGUGUGACAUUGGACAGCAUUAUGUGGUAUUCUGGGAAUAAUGGAUACCUCAGCAAAUACUUCUUGCGAACACCAUAC